CGGAAGAGCAAACUGAACAGGUAUUCCUCAAACACUGAGAAUAAUUCCAGACUAUAGUGCUUAAUUCAAGCCAUGUGAAUUUUUUGUUGUUGAUUAGCCUGUAUUUGCGCUUACUUCCAGGUCGAACCGGAAAUAGCCCCCGAUCGGCGUAAUGCUUCCCGCAUCACGAUGAAAGUCGCCGACGUGCUAAUAGGCUCAUUGAGUGAUAUAUAAGCCACUCCGAAUGAUCUGCCACUUCGUGAACAUAAUCAUACAGAGAUAUGUUGCAAACGAAUCCUCACCCGAAUCUCCUGAAUUCAUAGCAGCUUAUCAUGACCCGCACAGUCACACGAAACCAGGACAAGCUCUUCAUCCCACCCGGAGGCAUCGACUUCUCAUCCCAAACAAACAAGCCGGGUGUCGUUGACAUCUACUUGAGAGCCGGCGACAACACACCAGGAACAGGCCUUCACUGGCACGAGACUCACACUGAGUACCUUCAAGUCGUCCAAGGCUAUGCUCUUGUGACAGUCGGAGACCACACAGCCAUCUUCUCAAAGGAUGACGGGAUCAUCACUAUACCGCGGUACACAAUCCACCAAUACAUGCGCGCAGAUAAGACGGACGAAGGGAAAGCGGGAAAGGACGUUGACCUCAUUGUGAGGGAAUGGACUGAGCCUGGCGAUGGGGACAAAGAGGUCUUCUUUCGCAACAUGAUUAGCUUGAUCAUGGACAAGAAGGAUGGCGCAUUGGGUACGGUCGGAAUGCUACUUUCUGUCAUGACAGUUUGUUGGUCUCAUGAUAACUAUCCCGUCUUUUGGAAAGGACCAGAGGUCUUUGGGGAGGUUGUGCAACAAAGAGUGAGAGGAGCCGUGACAUACUCUUUGAUGGGAUGUCUUGUUCUCUUUGGCCGACUUAUUGGAUGCAAGCCGCAAUAUCCAGAAUAUACACCAUAGAAAGUUAAUUCUCAACCCGGAAUCUAUACCCUUUGCGCAAACAGCCUCAACUCUUCACCUGAAGUUUGCAUAUACUAGGUAUCCAAACUCAACCCCGCGUUCAAUCCCUUUCAAGAUCAACCUAGCUUUCACGGCUCUCAACCUCGGCAAGCCAUAUCCAUGUGCUGUUGACAGCUUCACCAGGCAUUAGCGGGAUCGACCGUGCCAAAAACAAACAUCGUCAAGCCAUAGCCCAAAGCUUAUCGACACGCAAGAAGCCACGAGAACCCACCCACAAGGCUGUAACAUGGAGGAAGAAAAUUGUGGAGGCGCAUGAGUUCCUGAAACAAAAGCGUCGAGUUCUAAUUCAUCUUGGCACCCGACUUUGGGCGGGAGUAUUUCCACUUCUGGUCUCCACAUGAACACUGUCCACAUACAAAGUCGGGAUGGCACCUUGUUUCAGGAUCGACGA